UUAUUUAGGAAAUUUUAGAGGUUAAAAAAUAAAAAUCACGAUUGAUAAAAAUCACACAUAGAAAACAUGGCGCACGCUUAAGUUUGCGGCAGACAGAGGGAGACAAAAGAAAUGCUCCUCUGUUUUACAUCUAGAGAUGAUAAACAUGCCAGAGGAUCCAGGCUAAAUGAUGAAAUGCGGAUGCAAUAAUAAACCACAGAGUAAUAAUUGGUUAGUUUCUAUUUAAAGCGGCGUUUCCCCCCCCCAUCCCUCUGCUCUGACCGAGCCUGCGAGAGGCAGCAGCGCGCCGGGAGGCCUUUCUCCUCUCUGAUAGGCGCCAGAGGAAGAGGAGUCCUCGGCUGAACUUUGAAACGUACAACCUGAUAGCUGGCGUGUUGGAGCAACACCAUUGCUUCAUCACAGAUCAAAAGGUAACGAGUGACACUCCUUUAAAGCUUCCACUUCCCAUCUGCCGCACUGGAGAGGGCUCCGGGCCUCUUUACGCCGCCAGUGAGCACCUUUAGGCUGGGGACGCUUCUGUCUGCAGCGUGGGUUUAAAACAAACAAACAAACAAACAAACAAAAAACACACCUGGAGCUUGAAGAACCCGGCUACAGAGAUGAAGCCACCGGUGGAGGUCAGCGUCUUUCUGCUCUCUCUGUUGGGUCCUGGAGUUUUAUUCGCAAUGAAUCAGAUCCCUGCGUUUCAGGAACCUCUUCCUAUCCUGGGAAUGGGAAUGUUUGUCCUGGGAUCCGUUCUUCUUUUGCUCAUCCUCACAGUACGACACAAAACAAAAGUGGACCCUUUGUUCUACGUUUUUGCAGAGUUUACGUUUGGCGGCAUGGUGGGUUUGACCAACGCUUUAGAGCAGGACGGGUUCAUCUCCGGCUUUAUGGACUUCUACCUAAGGAUGGGUGAGCCUCAUCUCGGCACCUCCUAUGCUGUGAUGAUGUCUUAUUGGGAGGUUGUUCACCUCAUCCUGUUGCUCACAGUCAUUCACCGCAUGUUUUCAGGGAAGUCCUACCGAAGCCUGGGUCUGUUGUGGGCUGGGUCCUCCAUCGCCAAUCAGAUUGUCCUUAUUCCAGGGGUGGUAAUUGGCAAGUAUGGGUCCAACAUCCGGCCAGCGUUUUGGAGGAAUGCCCCUUUCUUCCUUGUGUCUUUUUGGGCAGCAUCGCGGCUCUUUAGCAGACCCAGAGAGAUGCCAAUCGUCACAGCAGACAAGGUCGCUGCAGAGCAGAAGAAAGGUCUGCUGUCUCGACCUGCCGACCUGCUCCUGUCACUCYUCUUACUGGGAGCUGUGGCUUUCUUUGUGUUCAGAGGCUUUGUGGUGUUGGACUGUCCUCUGGACGCCUGYUUUACCUACAUCUACCAGUAUGAGCCGUACCUCAAAGACCCAGUGGGCUUCUCCAGGAUUAUGAUGCUGGUGUAUUUUUUCUACGCUGUGCCCCUGGUGAUCGUUCUUCUCUAUGGCCUCAACACACCUGGAUGCAGCUGGAUGUUGGACUGGACCGUCUUCUUUGCUGGAGCCAUGGCUCAGACUCAGUGGUGUCAUAUCGGAGCAUCUCUGCACUCCCGUACUCCCUUCACGUACCGAGCCCCGGCAGACAAAAGAUGGCCGGUUAUCGCCCUCAAUGUGCUGCUCGCCGUUGUGCCCGCUCUGCUGGCCCUCCGCUGCCGCGCCAACCCGGCUUUUCUCAUGAAACCUGUUCCCAAGGGACAGAGCAAYGACGACAAGAAGAAAAACUAGGACCGCACGCCUGCCUCUUGAUGUCGAAGAAAAUAGUUYGCGUGUUGAAGAGGMGAAUGCUUUCAGGGGAGUGCACAAACUGAAAGAAGCGACWCUCUUUUUUUCCCUCCCCGUAAUCUUAAAGCCCAGAGGAGAUUUAGAAACUUGGCUCUCUGGGUCAACKUUUCCAAAUCGGCCAUCUCACACGGCACUCCCUCUGUGGACUGUUGGACCCUGAUAAAGAUGCGCCGCUGAUGGAGGUGAGGGAUUGCGAUCAGAUCAGCUUUCAGGUGACUCAUACAGAUACCCGGUCGCAAAAUUUAGAUAACGAAUCUUGACCUAACGGUUUACUUAAACGUGUCUGUAUAUCCCAACUAAAAGUCUAUUUAUUUCUGCUUUUUCUUUUUUUACUGUUGUGAAAAUGUUCAGAUUGACCCUUUUUAAAAAUAAGUGUGAGACAUUUAUCAAUAUUCCAUCAAACACAAGGGUGUGUCCUCAUUUUCUUGUCUAAAUAGUCUAAAAAUGAUCUCACUGCAGGUCAGAGUUCAUGUUUUUGACCUUUUGCUUAGUUCAACAACCAGAUUUACUACCUUCUGCUGUACCCGUCAGUGCACCUCAGUGUUUCAUGUUGUAGUUUAUUUUGUACAAUAAAGAAAAAAACAGAAAUGUGAAUACUUUUUCCACUGAUGAGCAGGAACAUUGAUAUUCUCCCCUUGUGCUCCUUGUCGUUUGUGCCUCUAGAAAAYCGUAUAUAAAAACUUAAGUGACUCAGGCUUCCAUAGAUUUAACAAUACCGUUUCAGCAGCUGUCGAUAUUGUCCCCACGGAGAGACGUAUUCUGCGCUGUGCAGAGUGCACUGCUGCAGUUAUCAGCCUGAUAAGAGGUGAACCCUGGAUGUAGGUGAGCUGUUGCAUGUGGUUGUCACAUUCAAAAAAAAAAGAAAAAAAUCCCACUGGUCAGGAGUCCAUAUGCCUUAAUCAGUGAGUCAAAAUGUAGGUGACAUGCRUUGAAUUCAAUGUGAAAAUGGAUUUAAUUAAUCAUAUGUGUCAAGCAAAGUGUUUUUUUUUUUUGUCUUUUUCUUAAAAGAUCUUGUUUGUAGAAAUAUGGAAAGUUGAGGACUGAUUUUUGCGAUUGAAUCAAAAGUGUAAUAGUGGAAACUGGAGACUUGUUUUGCUGUUAAAACUAUAAACUUGGUCAAAGUUCACGGCUUCACAACACGACUGGCAGGAUUUCUCAUUCAACAUUUAUGGCUUCACAAUUAAAGUUUCAGUUUCA